ACAACGCGGCUCGACUCACUGCUGCAGCCUCGCUAUGUGGCGCAUGAGCACGCUGGAGAGGAUGUAGCGGACUAAAGCUGAACUAAAACACCCACAAACACACUCGCCGAGACGGGAAACCCCGAGCAGACACGACCCGAGGGGAGUUUACGGGCGGAACGGAGCAGGAGGGGGGACGCUGCGAGCGAAUUCAAGCCGACCCCGCGCUGAAGCAGCAGCAAUGGCGGAGCAGCAAGCAGCCGGCGACGGCAAACACAAAGCGGCUUCCAGCGGCAGCUCCGCGGGCUCGCUGCACGGGAACGGCCGGCCCGGGGGCAAGGGAGGCCUGUCCGGCGGACUCACACAGCCGGCCGGGUGGCAGUCCCUGCUCUCCUUCAGCAUUCUGUUCCUGGCCUGCCUGGCGGGAUUCAGCUCCAGACUUUUCGCAGUGAUCCGGUUCGAGAGCAUCAUCCACGAGUUCGAUCCCUGGUAA